CCUUCGCACUCUCUCUCUCUUUAUCUCUUUAUAUUGUCAUGUGACCAACUGUUCCCUUUGUACCUCGUCCUCUCUCUCUCUCUCUCUCUCUCUCUCUCUCUCGUCUUUCUCAACUCAAAUCGCCAUGAACACUGCAGAGCAAGCACGCUGAGGAGGAAGAAACGAGACUUCUUUCUCACUACCCUUUUAAUCAUUUAACCUUUUCAUCGCUGGCCGUGUCCGGUUGGUUCUUGCGAUCAGACCUUGAGCGUCGUGGAGCUAUGAGCCGCCAUUACUGAAAAAGCCUCCUCCUUGGAGUGGUCACAACCGACUUCAUUCCACUGAGCCUCUGCUUUUGCAUUAAGGAGCUGAUCUUUGAGCUGAAUUAUCACUUUCUUUAAUCUUUGUUUAUAUGGGGAGGGGAUUGGGUUAGACUGCGAAAUGAUGGAACAUAGCUAAAGUGGGUGUCUUCCUUUUGGUCUUAUUCCUGUAGGGCCGACUGUCUAAAGUUCUCUGGGGUAGAGAAAAGACAGAUCUUUGAUUCGGACUUAAGCUUUGGUUCAUCUUCCAGGUUUAAGAGAGCUCCAAAAGCUGGAGGAACAGCUAGCUUAGCUAGUGUAGUUUAGUGCUGCUCUUAUCUGGCCAUCAUACGGAAGGAGUGUGUUGUCAUUACUUUCAACAAAUCCAAAAGAUCCUACCUUUUCCUUCUUGCUCUGAAAUUGAUGAGCACAGUGUGAUUCCAAGCUCCACUUCUACUUGUCUGGCCUUUUACCCACUACCCAAAAGUCGAGACUCCAUUGCAAUAGUUUUGUGGGUUGUCAUGAUUUCCUACUGCAAGUUUGCACCUUUUCUCUUCCCGUGAAAUAUGCGAUAUUGGAUCAGACAGCAGCUGGAGAAAAGAGGAAAGCUUACAUAAUCCUCUGCUCUGUUCUGCUUGUUGAUUGGUGUAGAGGUUCUUCAACAGGAAAAAGGAGACUUAGUUGGCACUUCUCUAAUGGAGAGUGGAACCGCGAACCGUGGAAAUGGAGUGCCAGAGAACCUGAAACAGCAGCUUGCUAUUGCAGUGAGGAGCAUCCAAUGGAGCUAUGGUAUCUUCUGGUCAAUUUCACCCUCACAACCUGGGAUGUUGGAAUGGGGCGAUGGAUACUACAAUGGGGACAUUAAAACUCGAAAAACAGUCCAAGCAGUGGAAUUUAACGCGGACGAGUUGGGACUACAGAGGAGUGAGCAGCUAAGAGAACUCUACGAAUCACUAUCUGCUGGUGAGUCGAGUGGCCAGAUCAGAAGGCCUUCAGCAGCGCUUUCCCCCGAAGAUCUUACUGAUACCGAGUGGUAUUACUUAGUCUGCAUGUCCUUCCAUUUCGACAUUGGCCAAGGGUUGCCUGGGAGAACAUUAGCAACUGGCCAACCCAUUUGGCUAUGCGAUGCUCCAUACGCGGACAGCAAAACUUUCAGUCGAUCUCUCCUUGCAAAGAGUGCAUCUAUUCAGACUGUGGUGUGCUUCCCAUUUUUCGGUGGUGUGGUUGAGUUGGGAGUGACCGACAUGGUUCCUGAGAACCCUGCUCCCAUUCAACAUGUCAAGGCUUCCUUAUUGGAGACUCCACAUUGGAAAUAUUCCAUGAAAUUCCAUCAUGAUAAUUUUGAGACCAGAAUGAUUCCGAUUGCUGGAGAGCUCGAAAUGGUAUCUCCAACCUCGAGUUCAAAUGCGUUUGAGGCUCAUCAACUCCCCGAUGAAUCACAAAUGGUCGAAGGGAUAAAUGGGGCAGCUUCUCAAGUACAUAGUUGGCAGUUCAUGGAUGAUGAUUUCAGUAACUGUUUGCAACACUCUGUAAAUUCCAGCGAUUGUGUAUCGCAAAGUCUCAUCGAUCCAGGAAAUGUAAUUGAAUAUCCGCUCCAAGAGGAUGAGAGAAAGGGGGGUAAUCAUGAUCGGCUGGGUGUGGACGUUCGAGAUGAUGAUUUCCACUAUCAAAGCAUUCUCUCGAGUCUCCUGAAAACUUCCAAGGAACUUAUCUUUGGGCCCAGUUUACCAAAGGGUAAGAGGGAAUCGAGUUUUCGGACAUGGAAGAAAGGAGGAUCUGCAAAUUCCGGCAAACUGAGCUCUGGAACUAACCAGAGACUGUUGAAAAGUAUUCUUUUCGAAGUUCCUCAUAUGCAUGAUGAGGGCUUACGCGAAUAUCAAAUGGAAAGUAGCUGCAUGAAGAAUGGAGUUUGUAGACCUGAAGCUGAUGAAAUAGGCCAAAACCAUGUCUUAGCUGAGAGAAGACGAAGGGAAAGGAUACAUGAGCAGUUUGGGACUCUAAAAUCGAUAGUCCCUUCCGUUAACAAGUUCGAUAAGGUAUCUGUCCUAGAUGACACGAUUGAGUACUUGAAGCAACUCGUGAGGAGGGUCGAAGAACUGGAGUGCACAGUAUCAGAAGAGAACCACAGAAGAAAACUACCCCAAGACACGAGUGAGAGGACAUGUGAUAAUUACGGUGAGAACAAGCUCGGGAUCGGUAAGAGGCAUUCAGUAAGUAAGAGGCCAUCGGUAAGCAAGAGGAAGGCUCAGGAGAUGGAUGAGACUGGAACUGAGAUCAAUUGCACCGAGAACUUGAUUGUAACUGUCGAGGAUAAGGAAGUUGUGAUCGAGAUGAAGUGCAAAUGGAGGGAAGGGCUCCUACUUGAGGUUAUAAAUGCAGCAAGCAAUCUUCGUUUAGAUUCUCACUCGGUUCAGACUUCCACUGCUGAUGGGAUUCUCUCGCUAGCAAUGAGGUCUAAGUUUGUGGGAUCAGCUAGUCCAUCGGCUCAAACAAUCAGGCAAGCACUGCAGAGAUUUGCUUGGAGACAACGUUGAGAUUUCCACGUAUGCAGGGGUAGCUGGAUUUCCUGGUGUAUUUGAGACCGGCCAUUCGAUGUAAUGAACAGCACCGCGUGUUCCUCUGAUAAGCUAAGAUCCGAAUUGAGACCGCAGUGCAAUGUUCUGAAUUGUAACAUCACUGCACUGGAUUCUUAAAUUAUCAAGGCAUAAUGCUUUUGUACCUAACUGAGAAUUUAGCAACUUUCUUUUGCCGUUGAGAAAAUGUAGCUUAAUAUUGUAUAGAAUAUCCGAAGAAAGUGCGAAAAACUACUUGGAAAUAGAUGCGUUCUUGCAUACA